AUGUUGCGGUGGUUUACUCCACGACUGCUGCCGCAAAAAAGGCUCAAGGCGAAUUCGCUUUCUCUGCCUCUCCGGCGUGAGGGCUCGCCUCGUCGCGUGCUGCGCCGCGGGAGUCUCCUUGCGGAGUUGGAGCGAACCCCCGACGACGGCAGGGGCGUGGCGUCGGCCAACGGUGUCGCCGACGCAGCGGCAGUGACAUCGUCGCCUGCGUCGUCGUCGCCGUCGUCGGUCCCUCACAGUGACAAUUACCUUGUUCCGUCACCGUGCGCCAAAAAACUUGCGAGGGCCUCCAUGGCUCUGGACGCACUGGCACAGCACACCUCCGUCGUUUCAGCUCGUUCAGGUGAGGCCAACGCUGGACCGCCAUUUCCCUCCCUGGACACGCUGAAGGCGCAGCAAACGGCACUUAGAACGAUGUUUGCCGGCGCAAAACGCCGCUGUAUUCGUAUGCGGAAAGACCGGGGGUGGUUACGAGAGGAGCGGCGCGUCUUUCAGAAGUCCCAUGGACACGCUCCGUCGGAUAAGGAGGUGAGUCCAUUUGUCGAUGUUGAGCUUUCUCCUGUGGCAGCGCUGAAGCUAGCAAAACACCUGUCGCCGCACUCAAGCGCUCGUGAGGCGGUAGUGCAGAGUAUUCUUCUCCAGCAAAAUGCCACAAGGAGCCGGCUUGUGGAGAGUGGCGAAAAAACUCUGUUCCGAUGCCUUCGCUGCUUUCACGUGUAUUCUGCUCGUCCUCGAACACUUCUUCGUGACGAGGUGGGACACAGUUGGAUGCAGUAUGAGGCGGAGCGACAAAAGGUUUCCAUGGCACGGGAGUUGGCAAGGUGCCCUCAACUCCGUAAGCGGAAGUACAGCGUUGGGCAACAGCGCAAGGCUCUCGCGGAUGACCCACGCUGUUGCCCGUCCUGCGGUAGCCCAAAGGCGCAGUGGUUCAUGGAAUACGUGCAUCACAGCACCCAUGCCUGA